AUGGGGGAAAGUCGUCUGGGGGAGCCGGACCCUCCACGGGACUCUGUCCACACUGAGGCGAUAUAUAGUUGGUUACAUCAAACAUAUCCUCCAGAUGAAGUGGAAGACGAUGAGAGGCCCAGCCUCAAAUACCGUCAUACUGUUCCUUACCCAUAUCACUCGCCAAAUCACCCCAAAGUACGAUCAGACCAGGCCUUGACUCUUCACGAGUCCUCGUCUAGGUUCAGCUCACGAAUUGUAUUGGGCCAAGAUGAUUCAACAUCCCAAUUCUGCCCUACAGACAGGGAUGACAACCUGAGAUACCCCGAUUGGAGUAUGAGAAUCCCAGGAGAUUCCGAGUACAGUGAAGAGAGCGUACACCAGAUGAACCACUGGCCUGUGUGCGUGUCACGCCCAGGCUCUGAAUCCUCGAUAGCUCUCGGCGAACACUCGCAUCCUGAUCGGUGGCGAGAUCUCACCGGCCGCGGCCAGAAUAGGCGAUUUGAUGCAUAUUCAAAAAGCCGUUCAGGAGCGACUAGAGAUCGCGCUAGAGAGUUGACAAGCAUCACUAUUACCAACAGCCUCGCAGGGCCUGGUUGGCGUGAUGUGGAUCGUGAUCCCGAUUUCCAUAUCAGCCCGAGCAGGUCAGGAGGUAAAAGGAUCGUGUCUAAGGACGGCAUCCAAGUUAGUUCGCCUCAGCAGCGCAAAGCAUGGAAGGUCGGCAUUGCAUACAAGCCGUUCAGGCCAAUGAAAUACGUGGCAGAGAAAGACGAUCCCUUAAAUGAGCUGUGUGCACAUUGGGGCGUCUAUCUAUGCGAGCUGGAUGCACCUGAGCCCAACUAUCGAGUAUGUAGCAUGGAUUUUAAAGAUGAGACCAUGAAAGAGCUGGCGGUACAGACCGUGUGGUGCACUCCGACAAGACGCUGGCGCCGCAAAAUGUACGAGGAUGAGAUUCUCAAGGUCAAGCGUUACAAAGAGUAUACGCUCUAUUUCAGCCUCGAGGAGUUUCUUUCCACCGCUCAGAUAGUGUUGGAGGAGUUCUUGGACCAUCAUUACUCUCGAGAAUGGCACAAAGCCUUGGCCAAAAGCAAGCGGGCUUUCAAUAAACAUAUCGAUAAAUUCGGCAAAGGAGACAGUGGCGGCCUGUAUAGUGUUCUGUCGAGAAAUUGUCAAGACUGGGCCGUUUAUCUGCUCGACAACAUAGUUGACCAAGGAUGGGGUGAUCCCCAGCGUCAGAGGGAAGCUUGGGAUCCAAAGAGAUGGCUUAAGGCACCUCCCAAGCUGCUGAGGGUCCCGCCUUCCAAGAAAUGGUCACGGAUAUCUUUGUUACUUGAUAAGGUGGCUCAGGUGUUGAUUGAUAACGUCCCAAUCGCAUUGGCGACGGUUGCAGCAGUAGCGCUGUUUGACGACAUGAAGAAGGACAAGGCCAACGACAGGAGGCGGAGCAGGAGUAGGGAGAGCUCAGAUUAUUACCACGACUAG